GAUCCUUAUACCGGCAACAUGAAGCUCGUUUUACUCUUAAUAUCCUUGGCUGCCCUGGCUGCAGCAGGCCCCCAAUUUGAAAAUGAGAAUCUCCAACACAGCCAAAACCUCCCUGCUGAAGAACACCACCUUUCCUUCGAGUCGCACCAACACGAAUUCGAAAACCCCCAGCAGUUCGAAUCUCCCCAACAUCUUUCUGAGAACCCCCACCAAAUAUUAGAACCCCAGCCAGUAAAUAUUGAUAACCAAAGGCCGUCAGGGAUUCACGAACACCAGCCUGAAGGCGGACAACGCUUCGUUGCUAACCAGCGUCAGAAUUUCGAAGCUCACCAGCAACGCCAAGCUGAAAACCUCCAAACAAUCGACGAGGAUCGGCGGUCUUUCAUCUCUCCUGAAGAUCGUGCGCGCUUUGACAAUAACCAACGGGGUGUUGUGACUCAGCCGCCCAGGAUAGUAGAAGAUCGUCGGCCCUUCGCUGUGAGUCAUCAACAGUCCUUCGGUGUUCCCCAGCAGGUCGAAAUUCACCGACAACCUGAAGUUAAUCAACGCCAUUUCGAUCAGGUCCCCCGCCACCAGGCCGAUGAAAUCCGCCAGCGGCCCAUUGCCAUCUUGAGGGACGAUCGCGAAGAUUUGGGCAAUGGCGAAUUCGCUUUCAGCUUCGAGACCGAGAAUGGCAUCAGUGAGUCCAGGCGCGGAUUUCGUGGCUCGGAGGGCCAGACCAAUAUGGAGGGUUUCUUCAGCUUUCCCCUGCCCGACGGAACCUUCGCCGAAGUCCGUUACGUCGCCGACGAAAACGGUUUCCGCGCCGAGUCCCCACUAAUCCCCACCCCCCACCCGCUCCCCGCCCACGCCAUCGAACAAAUACGCAUCGCCGAGGAGCAGCGCGCUCGGGGAAUCACGUGGCCUGAUUACUGAAGUGGAAGCGUGAGAAGAAGAAGACGAAGAAAAAGACGAAGGCGAAGUACGGUCAUUUCGAAGCGUCCAGUGAUUUGGGAACAUUCCGCUAAUGGAGAGGAGUCUUUGCGUCACUGUUUUUGAAUAAUAA